ACUCCAAACCACUGUCAGAAAAAAGGUACAAAACCUGCCACUGGGGUAGAACCCUUUGAAAAACUUGUUUUGUGAGUGCAUAUUGGCACUUCAGAGGUACAUAUUGGGACCAAAUGUGCACUUAUCUGUACAUAAAUGAUACAUAUUUGGACCUUUUCAAAGGGUGCCAUCCCAGUGACCGUUUGUUUUCUAACGGUGUUUGGUGUUUUAGUUCAUUUAUGAUUUAGUAGCCAUCUGGUAACAACAGACAUCCCAAUAUGCACGCUAACAGUAUUUUCUUGAAUUCUGCAGAUCAUUUCGAGUCAGUCGUGCUAUGGAGGGCGCGGAAGAGAACACAUCUUCUGAUCUGCAUUAUAAAGUCAUUCUACUGGGGAGAACCGGAGCAGGGAAAAGUGCCACAGGAAACACCAUAUUGGGAAGAAAGGCUUUCGUUUCAAAGAAGAGUUUCAGAACUGUGACACAAGAGGUGCAAAGUGACAGCGUGACCAUCGAUGGAGUGAAACUUACAAUCUAUGACACGCCAGGAUUCUUUGACCCAGAAACCGAGCGGAGCCCUGCAGUGAUGUUCAGAAGAGAGGGGUUUCCAGAGUUAGACUCAACAGAGCCGCUCGUGAUUCUGCUGGUGAUCACAACCGACAGAUUCACCGCAGAAGAGAAGGACACGGUUGAGUCUAUUGAAGAUUUCUUACCAGACUGGCUGAUAAAAAACACCUGGAUCAUUUUCACCAGAGGAGAUGAGCUGGAGAGGGACGGAGACACAAUAGAAACCUUAAUAGACGAAUCACAGGAUCUGAAAGCAGUUGUUCAGAGAUUUGAGAACAGAUACUUUGUCUUUAAUAAUGUUGCACAGGGUCCAAAUCAUCCGGACGUGAAAAGGUUAAUGGAUGUUAUAAGAACUGUACAGCCUUUAGCACCAGAGACUAAGCCGUUUCUUCAGAGACAGAUUCCAGCGGAGCAUGAACGUCACUCCAGUGAGAGAAGAUUGAUUUUACUGGGGAGAACAGGAGCUGGAAAGAGUGCAACUGGAAACACUUUACUGGGAGAUAAAGUAUUUAAGUCUGAACACAGCUUCAGUUCAGUGACACAACACUGUGACAUUCACAAAGCAGUAGUUUCACAGAAACAGGUCUCGGUUGUUGACACUCCUGGGUUUUUAGAUUUAACUUCAAGGCCUGAAGAUUUAGCAGAAGAAAUGGGCAAAAGUGUUUGGUUGUGCAGUGCAGGACCUCAUGCUUUCCUGUAUGUGGUGUCAGCAACACAAAGAAUGAGCACUGAAGAUGAAAAUGACAUCAAAAACAUCAAAAGCAUAUAUGGAGAAGAAGAAGUAAAGUACACAAUCCCUGUGUUCACUCACUGUGAUCAGCUGGAUGGAAGGAGUGUAGAAGAUCUUCUCCAACAGAACGAGGUGCUCAGUAGAUUUGUUCAGCGGUGUGGAGGGAGAUAUCACACCAUGAACAAUAAAGACAUCAGAAACAGAAGACAGGUGACCAGACUGCUGCACAAGAUUGAUGAAAUGUUAGAAGAGAACGGAGGAGGACACUACACCAAUGAGAUGUUUCAGCACGCACAGAAAUGUGGACAAGAUGAGAACGAUGAUGAUGAAGACAUCUCAGGCAAUGAUGAGAAGAUGCAGUGUGCACAGAAUGAGAGUAGUCCCAGCCAUGAUGAAGCCAGUGAGACAGUGCAGGGAACAAAGGAAAGCUGGUUAGGAAGAGUGUGGAGGAGAGUCAGAGGUUCCUUUAGGAAAUUCAUGAAUAGAUUCAGGAGGCAUUUUGAUGCUGUAGCUCAGUUUUUGUAUUCUCUUGCUCAGAGGAUUAUUGAUUUUGUAACAAAUCUAUCAAGGACAUCAGAAACAAAACAAGACCGUUCAUCAAGUGGUCAACGAUGUCAGAGUAAACAUCUCGCUCUCAAUCCAAUUGCAAAGAAGUGACAUCAGUAAAAACAGUUAAAAAAAAAAGUUCAAUCUGAUCUGAUACCACUGAAAUGUCUGUCUGUUGCUACGUUUGUUUGUUUUUAUCUAUUAAUAUGACUGAUGUUUUUCUGUAUAUUGUGUAUGCCAAUCAUUUUAACUGUAUUUUGGGUGACGUGUAACUUUCUGUCCAGGGAUAAUUUUCUGCCUGGUUAAUUCUGGCAUGUUUAAAGAACGCACAUUUAUGUUCGUUUUAAAUAAACAAUAAAAAAUAUAUAAUUACA